UACAGACGCCUACACUCCAUCAAGUAGUUUAUGUCUCAGAGAUCAUGCAUUGUAGUGUUAAUGUUCUGAAGGAUUACAAUGUGUACAAUCCAAGCCUGAAUAUUGUUAAGCAUCUGAUGAGGGCCAAGGACUUCCAGCUUACCAAGAGUGUGUAUGAUCAUUUUAUUGAACAAUAUCAGUAUGAUGAAAGUGUCUCACUAAAGGAUCUUUACAUGUUUCUUUUGAAGAAUUAUAUAGCACUGAGAUUCUCAAAACCUGUCCAUGAAGUUGAACUGCUAUUUGAAAAGGACUGGUUACCCAAAUGGAAGCGACUUUCUGCAUAUAUUUGGAUAUGUAAUGUCAUUAUUAACAUGUUACAGCUUGACUUCUCAACUGUCCUAGACAACAAAACUUUACUUGACUUGGAUCCAGUAAAAGUAAAAUGA